AUGAACACGCUUUCUCGACGGGAGGAGGACACCUUGAUGAAGACUACUAAGGCUUACGCACUCAAAGAGUGUGACCCCAUCGUCAAAGAAUUCGCUGAAUGUGCGACAGGAAGGACUGUGACUGUAGCAUGGGCGUGCAAGGAUCAUUACAAGCGGUUACAGGACUGCAUGUAUCAAUAG